AUGACACGGCCGAUGCUAUGUACACGCAAGAUCUGGUUUGCUAGGAUCAGCACGUGCGUACGUGUUGCGCUCAUCGACGCUGGACUCCAAGACGACGAGGGCUUUCAGACUCGAGUAGACGCACGGCCUAAAGAGCUGGCGGCAGUGAUCAAGAAGGCGUGGGCGCGACUACGACGGACACUCCAGGCAGGUGGGCGGGAAGAGGCUUUGCCGACGCGAUACCGCCAGUACCGUACAGCGAACGCUUCUGCUGUAGGCGCUAUAGCACAUGGCCAAACACAAGCGCCUACCGUCACCCAACCCAGGGACGACGAUCAGCAAGCAGAUUCGCCCCCGGAAGACCUCAUCCAAGACCUUAUCGAGAUAUCUGAAGACGAAGACGACAUCAUGGAAUCGGGCUACCAACUUCGCGCAUCCAGCCCAUGGCCCACUUUCCCGAAACGCGAGCUCUUCACCCCAGCGCCCACCUCCUCCGCUAUGAACAAAAAGCAAAAGAUCGCUCCGUCUAACCGUACCUCUCUGCUCGACUUCAUCGACCUGACUACUGCCAUCGACACCCCGGAUACUGCUGCGCUCGAAGAACAGGUCCGCACAUUGACUGAAGCCAAGAUAUCCCUGGAAAACACUGUUGGUGAUAUGAAAGCACAGCUGGACGAUUACGAGAAGAAGAAUCGAGAGUUGCAGGUGUUCAAGGCUAAGCAUGUUGAGCACUGUCAAGCUGUGAUGAUCAAGUUGCUGACGCAGAGGAAUGUGCGGAAUGGAAGUAGCGAGGUGGAUGCGGAGAGAGAUGCGAAGACGGAGUAUACUCAGGUCUAUGGUAUUGCUAUUGUGGAGGACAUUGGAGAAGAUUGA